AUGAAAAUAAUAUAUAUUUUAUGUAUUUUAUUUACAACUAUUUUUAUAAUUUUAAAAUUAAAUAAUUUUGAAAAUAAUUUUUUUUUAAAAAAUAAAAAUAACAAUGAAUCAAAUAAUCAAACCAAUUGUCCAAUCGAACCAUUUCAAUUACUACAAAUUACAAAUGAUAAUAAAAUUAAAAUUGAAGACAAUGCAAAAAAUAUAUUUAGUAAUUUAAAAGGACCAUUAUUAAUUUAUUCAGAAAUUGGUUAUUAUUCAUCUUUUAAAUCAUCAAGGUUAGAUUUAUAUACGAUGUUUCUUUUAAAAAAUGAAAUUAAAAAAAAUUGUAAUUUAAAAUUUUUUAGAGUCAAAAUUCCAAAAAAUGGGAGUUCUAGUAGUGUUGAUAAUGAAAAUAAUUGUUUAGGCUCAAGAGGUUGCACUAGAGGUAUUUGGGUUCAAUUAAUUAAAAUUUCAGAUAUUAAUAAUAUAAUUGAUAAUAGUUUAUUAUCUUUAAAAAAUUCAAUAUCAAAUCUUUUUAAACAAAGUCAAGAUGGUACUAUUAUUUUUUUAGAUUCUGAAGGUUCAAAUGAUCCAGAUGGUUUAAGUAACUUUCAAAUAAAUACUAUUCAAACUAUUUUGUUCUCAAUUUCAUCAUCUAUUUCUUAUAUUGAACCAUUACAAAUGAAUGAUGAUUUAAUUAGAAAUCUUGCUAUUAAAUCAUUUUUAUUUAGUAUGGUGUUAGAGUAUGAAAGAUAUGAUAAUAAUAUUUCCAGAAAUUCAAUAGAUUUACCAAAAUUUAAUUUAAUUUUUAGUUCAAGUGCUAAUCUUCAAUUAGACUUUAAUCCUAAAAUCAAAAAUAUUUCAAAUCAAUUAGAUAAAACUCAAUAUUUUUAUAAUUAUUUAAAUGAUAAUAAAAAAGAUAUUUCAAGUAAACGAGCAAUUAAUUAUUUUUGGGGUAACAACGCUAUUAAAUCUUUAGUUGUAUUAAAAGCAACAAAAAAUGAAAUGCAAUUCUUUUUGAAUGAAUUCUCAAAAGUUAAAAAUGUACCAAAAGAAUUAAUUUAUUCAAGAGAACCUGGUGUAAUGUAUUCAAUUGUACAUAAAAUAUUACCAACCAUAUUAGAUUCUUUAUCAAUUAAAAAGUAUAAAGGUAAAGUCGCAAAUGGUAAUGAUAUUUUAAAUAUUAUUUUAAAUAUAGAAAAUGCUAUUGAAAAUCCAAUCAUUAAUAAAAUUUUUAUCAUGGAUGUAAAUGUUAAUUUUAAAUCAUUUGUUGAAAUUUCAAAACAACCUAUGGAAAUUAAAGGAAAUAAAUAUAUAUUAAAAAAUAUUUUAGAUUAA